AAUAUAUUAUUUAGUGCGUUGCCUGAAUUUGAUAUUUGUAAAAACAAUUAUAAGAGCAAUAAGAUAGAUAUAUCUUUAUAGAUUAUAAAUGUAAUUAAUUACAAUUAAAACAUAAUUUCAUCGCGAAAUGGCUCAUUUACAGUACAUGCCGGGUGAUCCCCGGUUAGUCGAUCAAUUAGUUUAUGAGUUGAAAUCUAAAGGAAUCUUUGAUCAAUUCCGCAAAGAUUGCAUCUCGGACGUGGACACGCGGCCGGCCUACCAGAACCUUCGGCAGCGAGUGGAGAACUCCGUGUCCUUGUUCCUGUCCAGGCAGACCUGGAAACCGGAUUUGAACAAGAAUCAGCUGCGGGAGAAACUCAGGAAGCAUAUACUUGAUGGCAACUACCUCGAGCAAGGCGUAGAAAGAAUCGUGGACCAAGUAGUCAACCCCAAAGUGGCGUCUGUCUUCAUACCACAAGUAGAAGACUUAGUUUACAACUACCUUGGCAUCGCUCGCAAAAAGUCCACCCCUGAAACAUCAAAUGACAAAGGAAAUACCUCAAGUGAUCUGCCUACUGAUUUAGAAGCUGUCAGUCCUGGAUCAGUGAAAAGUAAUGAUAAAGAUGAACAAAUGGAAGAAUCUAAAGAUGAAGGAAUGGAAGUUGAUGAUGAUAAAGUAAAGGAAAUUAACAUCAAUGACAUAUCCAUGCCAUCUGAUAUAGAACCUGAAAAAGAGGCAGAUACUCAGCUUUCUGGUAUCAGUGAUUUGACUUCACACGGUUCUGAAGCUAGUUUAGGUAAAUUGAGCAUACCUAUGCCUGCUGAAGAAAUUAAUCUGGAGAAUAUACCGUCUCCAGAGAACAGUCCUCCAAAAAUUGAUUUAGACAGCAUUGAGUUGCCUAAGGAAGAGCCAGAAAGUAUUGAGUUAAAAGAUAUACCUUUACCUGAUGAGAGCCCAAAAGAAGAGAAAGAUCAAUACUUUAAACCAAUAAACAGUGAUGAUGAUUCUAGUUCUGAAUCGUCUAUAAUCAGAAAUAUGUCACCUCUGACACCAAUCAGGAAUUUCAAUAAUGAAAACUCGUGCGACGCGCAACAGGCUUUUGAUAAUGAUUCUGAUAUUAAAAAUGAUGAUAAAAAGGAACCCAAUACAUUUAGAUUUACUAUUGAUGCGAAAUCACCUGAAAAUAGUUCUGACGUCAAAGAUACUAAACCAGAAAAAGAAGAGCAGGCAAAUUUGGCGUAUCAAUUUAAUGAGCAAGUUAAUAUCAACACAUUUAACACACCUUUAUAUGAUGACAGUUCUAACAGUCACAACUUACAAAUCGAUUAUGAAAGUGAUGCUAACAGCAAAACCAAUUUGGAUAAAAUUCCUUUCCCUGAUGACCCUACGUCAGAAGAUUCUAAGAAAGAAUCGACAGAUGAGAAAAGGAGUCACAAAAGCUCACAUAGAUCUAGAGAUUCCCAUAGACAUAGCUCUAGCAGUAAAGAUAAAAGAACCGAUUCAAAACACUCAAGUUCUAAAGACAGAAAAGAUUCUAAACAAGACAAGAAAUCUUCUAAAGAUGACCAGAGUAAGUCCAAAUCUAGUUCUGAUAAGUCUAAAGAAAAGGGCCGAAAAGAAAGCAAAGAUAAAGAUUCUAAACACAGGAGUUCUCAUAAAAGCUCCAGCAGCAAAGAUUCGAAACAUAGAAGCUCUAGUUCCAGUCAAAGGCAUUCUAGCAAACACGACGAUAAGGACAGGAAGUCUAGUAGUUCCAGCAAUAAAGAUAAAGAAAAGUCAGAUAAAAGUUCGAAAGAUCACAAAUUAUCACGGGAUUCUAAAUCAUCUCGUUCAGAUAAAGAUAAAAAGAAGAGAGAUGAUAAAGAUAAGGAUAAGAAAGAUAAGAAAGACAAUGAUGAUCAUUACAGUGCAUCAGGCAGGGGAAGUCACACUCGUCGCUCGACUGAUAGAGAUUCCAAUGAUGGUAGCUCAUCUUCAAAAGGAUCACAUAAUCCAUCUACCUCAAAAUCCUCUGAAAGCAAAACUAAUAAAGGUAACAGUUCCAAAUCUGAUAAUACAUCACCGAGCAGCCAUUCUACAAGCCCCAGUGAUAAAGAAAACGCAUUGAAAGAAGGAAACACAAAAGCUAAUGUAAAUCAACCAAAACCUGUCAGAGUAGAUACGCGCUUAGAAAUGCCCAUGGCAUCGCCUCCGCGCCUCCCUUUUGUACCAGACGUGACAUUGAAAAAACCUAGAUUCGCUGCAAAUUUAGCAGAAGCAAAGCGGCUAAUGAAAAUGAGGAGAUUCUUGGAUGAAGAACAGAAGAGAAUGAAUCAAGAAGCAGCAUUACUAUUAGAAUUCCAGGCAAAUGUUAGACCCAGUCUGAGCCAAGUAUAUUCUAGCGUCUCUGGCCCUGAAUUAGAGUUUGCUUGUAUUUCUAACACUGCGGAAUCUCAAAAACCAAUAAUAGAGACGAAUUACGCUGAAGUGAAACCUAUUGAAGAAAUUGAAUAUGCUCCUGAUUCCAUAGAAAUGCAACUUAGUGAAAUGAAUAAGGAAACUAAAAAAAUUAAUCCAAGUGAAAUGGAAAAAGAAACUGAGAAGGAAGAUGAAAUAAAGGAAGAAGUAGUUACAAAAGAAGAAGCAAUCGAAACAGAGGAAGUAUAUGAAACUAUAGUAUUAAAUCAGCCUGACUUUGAGGAUACUGAGAAGAUAUUAAACGAAAUUUCAAAGAAAGUAUACGGAAUUGUGGAUGACGAAGAUGAAGAUAUUAUAAAAGACAUUUACAAGCCAGAGCUUAGAAAAGAUGAAGAUAGUAUAAAAGACAUUUACAAGCCAGAGCUUAGAAAACAAGAAGAUAGUAAAAAAGAUAUUUACAAGCCAGAGCUUAGAAAAGAUGAAGAUAGUAUAAAAGACAUUUACAAGUCAGAGCUUAGAAAAGAAGAAGAUAGUAUAAAAGAUAUUUACAAGCCAGAGCUUAGAAAAGAAGAAGAAAUAACCGAAGGCAUUAAAAAUGAACACACAGAAUUUGAGGUUACAGUCAUAACUGAAGAAAUCGAUGACAAUGAAACUGUAGGGGAUAUUCCUGAUGAUGAACUAAGAGUAAUAAUUCAACAAGAAGACCAAGAAGAUAGAUUCGAAUAUUUCGCUGAGCAUGAGAAAUAUAAUGCCGAAUUAGAAAGAGACAAAUUCGAAAGAUUCCUCAACACAUACACCACUGAUAUAGGCAGUAACAAAUUAUAUCUUAUAAACUGCGAUUCCUACGAAGAAAGCAUUAUGAAAGAAGUAGCACAAACCAAUGGCAAUUUCGAAAUUAUAAACUAUCACAAAAACGGCCAUAUGAAUAAGAAUAUAGUUAAAAACGUAAAUGUCUCAAAUGAAAUCGUUCUACCACUAGAUAGAAAUACACCAGUGCAAACUAUGAUCAGAUCCCCAGUUUUUAGUCCUGUUAAAUCCGAAUGUUCUUUCGAACUUUCUAGCGAUUAUGAUGCCAAAUUAGAAGAAAUGGUAAAUAAGGCAUCGAGAGAACAGAUUAUGGAGAUAAUACUUGGUGGAUCGGAGCCGGAGGAAAGUAAAUUGCCACAGAUAGACUAUUUUGUGGAGGAUAACAUUGUGAAGCAAGAUGAUUUGAAGAGGAAACUGUCAGUUGAGAGUGAUAAUAAUAAUGGGCAUGUGCUAAAGCCUAAAUUGAGGAGGAUGAGUGAAUCUGAUCAGAUAUCAUCUACUACUGAAGAGAGUCCGGACCCGCUGCAGUCGUGCGUGAGUCGGAGCAACACCGGCCGCUCCAGAUACUUGGGCAGGGCAAGGCGCGUUGGUCUACCGAGGCCGAAGAGGACCGUGCAUCCCAACAGUCCUUCGAGCGAUAAGUCCGUCGAAAAUUACGACACCAACGAUCGUUUCCCAGACACCAAGGUGAAAAGGACCCCCCACGUGCGCUACGACACUUCAGAUCUCUACAAACCGAAGCUCCACUAUCUGUCCCGGAGGAACAAUAUUAAUACAUAGAUUACCAUAUAAAUGUUCUUUGGUUGUAUAAGAAGUGUGAAGUCUAAUGGCGUUAUUCGGUUUACUAAUAUUUACUAGUGGCCGAUUUUUUUUCGCAUAUUAUCACUUAAUUUCACAACUUUGGGAACAAAUCAAAUUACCACAUUUGAUUAUUAAUAAUUUGAUUUGUUCCCAAAAUUGUGUAUAGAUGGCAGCAUCAACCUUUUCAACUCUUUGUCUAUUGUAAGUAAAACCGCACCUACAUGCAUAAAAAAAAGUUUUAGUUUUCCAAGCUAACGACUAUAACUCUGGUUUUUUAAACUUGACUUUUGACUAUUCUGUUUCAAAACAUGGCACAGUACAGCGCCAUCUGUUUUAGCUGUCAAAUGAGGAAUGAGGGGGGGGGCUCGAUAUUUUCACUUUACACCUCUCAUACAAUCAUUGAACCUUUGCUUAUACACCGUCAAGGGCAUUAAUGUAUAUACAUUCCCAAAGUUUCAAAAAUAUGUGUACGCUUUUACACCUUAGACGAUAAAGUCGUGUUCACAUAUUUUUGAGCCAUUUGUCUGGAUCGAUAGUUUUGCCUUCGACUGUACACUUACUGUAAAACUUGUUUUUAUUUAGCAAAUACAAAAUGUCCUUCCAAUCGGUCUUUUUAAUAAAUAAUUGGUACAAAAGUACCAAAUAUAUAAGGCGCUCACAAAUAUCUGAACACGCCUCUAUUGUCAGGGCGUUAGAGUGCGCGUUCAGAUAUUUUUGAGCACCUUGGCCGCUCCGAUAUAUCUGAUGGCGACUGUACCUAGAUUUCCGCGGAAAGGCAGCCUCAAAUUCGA